AUGGACCCCGCUGCAGCUCAGCCGCUCAGGACGUCCCGGCCUGGAGCCGGGACCUCUGAUGACCCACAGAAGAGACAAAUGACAUUGAAUCAGCGGCUGCCGGAGGAGGAGGAGGAGGAGGAGGCCGACAUGCAGGGCUCAGCGGAUGAAAACAGUCUGGAGGCCAAGUUCCAGCUGAUCAAGUCCACUUUUGAACAGGCCGACGUUGAUGGAGGAGGCGGUUUGGACAUGGACGAGUUUCGGGACUCAAUGAGGCACCUCUUGGACGGCAUGGAUGACGAGGCACUCGACAUGCUCUUCAUGAAGAUCGACAUAAACUGCGAUGGAAUUGUAGACUUUGUGGGUCUUAACAAUGAGUACUUAAACUACAUGAUGUUGGAGUAUGAAGGGAAAGCCCAGAUCAUCAGAGAAGACAAACUGCCGUUCUUCCCCACACCAAUGAGCAUCAUCCCUGUGAGUUUCCCGAAGACGAUCGCUAGUCUGCAGUUCCAUCAGCCACCAACUGAUGAGGACCUUCUGUAUGUGGAUGGUUCCGGUUCCGGUUCCGGUUCCGGUUCUGGUUCUGGUUCUGGAGAUAAGGAACCAAAGGCCAGGCCCACCCGGACGGGUCAGUACCUCUCCAUCAGCAGCGACGGUAUCCUCAGCUCCUGGAGUGAAGACUUCACCCUGCAGCACUCCGUCCAUUUGUACCAGAGCACCGGCCGUCAGAGGGUCAGAGUGAUUGGCACGGUGUGUCUGAGUGACCUCAGCCAGCUGGCCGUGGCCUCCACAGGCCCAGACCUGGAGUUCUUUGACAUCAGCAAGCCUGACUGCAGCUUGGUCUGCUCUCUGGGGGUGAAGGACAGCACUGUGAGAGUCAUGGACUACUGGUGGGUCAUAAACGGCCUCUUCAGCACAAUCAGAAGUAAAGGUGAUGUUUGUGUCCUCAGGGAGGUCACAGGUAAAAGGUGCCUCAGCACACCUGUCUCCUCUCUGAUGAAGAACACCUCCAAGAACUUCCUGUGCUUUAAAGUGGACAUCCACAAAGGCUCGUGCACAGGUGUGUGUUACCUGCCGGAGCUGGGCGCCGUGGCCUCCAGCAGCUCGUCCAGCUCAGCCUCUCUGGUGCUCACCAGAGUCCCGAGGUCACGCAAGCCGCCGGUUCGAGAAACAACCAUUGAGGUCAGAAAAGGCUUCCUCUGCUUUGACUACUCGCCUAAACUGUACAAACUGGUGACGGGAUGUGUGGACUGCACAGUGCGGGUGUGGGACACCAGGACCACCUUGUUGCUGAGCCAUGCGGUGUUGGACGGACACAAGUCACCUGUUGGCCACAUCGCCAUGAACGCACAGGACCACGUGAUCAUCAGCUUGUCCCAGGACAAGAACAUCCGUGUGUGGGACACGGAGACCUCUGAGUGUCUGCAGAACGUCCUGCCCACAGACCUGGGCAUGGCCCACUUUCCCAUCUCCAGUGUCUGUUUUAACCCGCACAGCAACACACUCGUUCUGGCUGCGCAUAAGAUGGGAGUAUUAGAAGGUGACAGCGAUGAUGAGGACCCCGUCAACAGUCUGAGGACGUCCCAUCAGGCGUGGCUGUGCUGCGCUCUCUACAACCCCAACUUCAAACAGGUUGUCAGCGGCUGUCGUAGCGGUGUGGUGGCAGUGUGGGACAUCCUGACAGGAAAGCUGGCCAUGAGGUUCCAGACAUCCCCAAAAACACCUGCGGAGAUCACCGCCAUGGCAUUUGACGGGGCACAGCGCAAACUGAUCACAGCCUCUGACGACGGGACCGUGAGACUGUGGAACUUCAACAACAGCACUCUGCUCUUCGUCCUGCCUGUUGUCAUGACAACGCAGCUGACGUGCAUCAGUUUCCUGGAUGAGAGGAUCUAUGUGUGCGGAGGGGGCAGCCGGCUCAUGUGGUAUCAAAAUCCAAGUGAGGACAAGGAGAACGAACACUGUGUGUGGGAAGAGUACCACCAGGAGGUUAUCAUGUCCAUGGAUGCUCACUGCAGGGGGGGGCUGGUGACCGGCUCCUAUGAUGGUGACAUCAUCCUCUGGGAUGUCGACUCCGCCCGGCCCGCGCGCCGCUUCAACGCCAAGGAGAGCUCUCGGCCGCUGGACAUCAGCCAGGUCUUCGCCAGGUCGGCCGCGGCUUCAGGCUCCGCUGACCUGAACCAGGAGCGGGGCGCCGCCGAGACCCCCUGCGUCCGGGAACCAGCCUGCUCCGCCGGGCGGGAGGAGGCUCUCAUCCAGCAGGAGGAGCCUGACGAGGACCUGGAGACCACGGCCAGCCGGAAACCUCAAACAUUUCUCAGGCUGCUAGAGGAAGCCAAAUACGCUGUGGAGAAGGUUGUGUUUCUUGGCACCAGGCAGAGCCGUCCCGACACAGCCACCCUGCUGACCAGCCUGGCAGACGGACACAUCUACGCCUGGUCUACUGAGGGAGGUCUGUUAGGAAGGUUCAGGGCGGUGCACGCUGAAGACACAUCUGUCAGCACCAUGUCGGCUGACAGCCAGAACCAGCUGUUAUUCACAGGAGACAGCCGGGGAUACAUUAGUCUGUGGGACAUUGAGAGGUACUGUGUGGCCGUGAGAGCGCCGAGGGAGGAGGUGAUCCCACGCGACAGGAGCGCUGAGCACCUGGCCAGCCUCGUCCCGGCGUACUGCCGCCGGAGCAGCAGGCAGGGGGCCAGCGAGGGGGAGGAGACGGAGAUCAUACAUGGCCUCCCAGUGUCCCGGUGCCCCCCCCCUCUGCUGAGUUCCUGGCGUGGCCACCUGAGCAGGAUAGUGAGCAUUGAGUUUGUGGGGAGGUACCAGCUGCUCCUCAGUGCCGAGCUGGACGGCAGCGUCAGGCUGUGGAGCCUCUCUGGCAGCUACGUGGGGAUGUUUGGCCGGACCCGGUGGCGCUAUCCGGACCCCCAGACCCCACCCCCUCAGGUGCCUACAGAGCUGCGAGGAGUGGCCUCGUCGCAGACGCUCCGUGUCCUCCACAGAGGAGAGGCAGCAGAAUGCGAGCUGCCUGUGGCGGAGCAGGAGGCGUGGCUCCUGAGGAGCGACUCUGAAUGGGCCUCGCCCGGCUCCCAGCCAGACGAGGCCGGCUCGGAUGCUGAGAUCGACAAGAACUGGGAGAUGUGGAGGGCGAAAGGACGGAGGUUUGCUAACCCCUUGGGCCCGGCUGACACCCUCCGAGACCCCCACCCCACCAGCCCAGAGGAGGUGAAUAAUAACUCAGUCACAUGAAAAGUUAUUUGUUAUUAUUUGGUUCCGUGCAGCGUUUAGGCUGCUGU